AUGAAUGAUGAUGAUAUCUUUGAAACCAUGAUUGCCGAAGAAACAACAAAUAUUAGUUUUCAGUCAGACAUACAUUAUAGUAAGAGUUUAAAUAAAGAGCAACAAAAUGCCUAUGAUAUUAUUUUGGAUUGUGUUUUAAAUAAUAAGAAUGAAAUGUUUUUUAUUGAUGGUUCAGGAGGCACUGAAAAAACAUAUUUGUACAAGACAUUAUUUUUUGAUGUACGAUCUCGAAAUCUUAUCGCACUAGCAACGAUAUCAUCAGGUGUAGCUGCAUCUCAAUUACCGGCUGCAUUACCUAGGCUAAUAAUCUGGGAUGAAACACCAAUGGUUCAUAAAUAUGCUUUUGAAACUUUAGAUAAAAUGUUAAGAGACAUUACUAAAUAUCAAUUACCAUUUGGUGGAAAAGUCAUUGUGUGUGAAGGAGAUUUUCGACAACUAGCAUUAAUCGAAAAUAUGAAAGCUAAAUUAGAUCCUUCAUUCUGUGAAUAUUUGCUAAAGAUUGGGAAUGGAAUAGAGAAAACACAUUCAUGCCAAAUGAUUACACUUCCUGAAGAUAUUACCAUCAAUUUUGAAGAUGAAUUUAAAUAA